AUGGCUACCCUUGCAGCUCCAAAGAAGCACAACAAGACCCAAUCGACCUAUGCGUUCGACAACACCGCAACCACGGUUGCCGCCUCCCAAAUGCGUAAUGCUUUGAACUCAUUGGCUGACACUGUCACCGACACCGACGCCCAGACCAGAUUCGAGAAUGAAAUGGACUCGUUUUUUGCCCUCUUCAGAAGAUACCUCACCGACAAGGCGUCUGGCAACACCUUGGACUGGGACAAGAUCAAGUCGCCCACCCCCAGCGAGGUGGUGGCCUACGACACCUUGGGCGAGUCUGCGGCAUCCAACUUGUCCAAGCUUGCCGUGUUGAAGUUGAACGGUGGCUUGGGUACCUCGAUGGGAUGCGUGGGCCCCAAAUCCGUCAUUGAGGUCAGAGACGGCAACACCUUCUUGGAUUUGUCGGUCAGACAAAUCGAGCACUUGAACAGAAAGUACGAUGCAGACGUGCCAUUAUUGUUGAUGAACUCGUUCAACACCGAUGCCGACACCGCCAAGAUCAUCAAGAAGUACCAGGGCCACAGAAUCAGAGUCAAGACCUUCAACCAGUCCAGAUUCCCCAGAAUCUUCAAGGACUCGUUGUUGCCUGUGCCUGAGUCGUUUGACGACUCUUUGGAAGCCUGGUACCCUCCUGGCCACGGUGACUUGUUCGAAGCUUUGGUGCAAUCUGGCGAAUUGGACGCCCUCUUGGCCCAGGGCAGAGAGAUCUUGUUCGUUUCCAACGGUGACAACUUGGGUGCCACUGUUGACACCAAGAUCUUGGACCACAUGAUCGAAACCGGAGCCGAGUACCUCAUGGAAUUGACCGACAAGACCAGAGCCGAUGUCAAGGGUGGUACCUUGAUCAACUACGAAGGCCAGGUCAGAUUGUUGGAAAUCGCCCAGGUUCCAAAGGAGCACGUCGAGGAGUUCAAGAGUAUCAAGAAGUUCAAGUACUUCAACACAAACAACUUGUGGAUCAACUUGAGAGCCAUCAAGAACUUGGUCGAACAAAACGCCAUCCAGGCCGAAAUCAUUCCUAACCAAAAGACCAUCUCUAUCGGCAACUCCGAUAUCAACGUCUUGCAAUUGGAAACCGCUGUUGGUGCUGCCAUCAGACACUUCAAGGGUGCCCACGGUGUGGUUGUCCCAAGAUCCAGAUUCUUGCCAGUCAAGACCUGCUCCGACUUGUUAUUGGUCAAGUCCGAUUUGUUCUACUUGGAACACGGUGCUUUGAAGUUGGACCCAACCAGAGAUGGUUUCUCCAACCCAUUGAUCAAGUUGGGUUCCCACUUCAAGAAGGUUAGUGGUUUCCAAUCAAGAAUUCCUCACAUGCCUAAGAUCUUGGAAUUGGACCACUUGACCAUUACUGGUAACGUCAACUUGGGUAGAGGUGUCACCUUGAAGGGUACUGUUAUUAUCGUGUGUAACGACGGUGAAAAGAUUGACAUUCCUAACGGUUCCAUCCUUGAGAACGUUGUUGUCACUGGUAAGUUGACCAUCUUGGAACAUUAG